AUGGCUAAUUGCCCUGCAAAUCUCUGGGACGAUUACAAGACCCGUAAUAUUUUGAGUAUAAGCGAUCGGGUGCAGGUCAUACGCAUGUAUGACUCAUAUCUCACGAAGCCGACAUACCAAAGCAUAGCCUCAAAGUUCGACUGCAGUGCCAAACAAAUAAAGAACAUCAUUGCCAAUCGCGAAUCAAUACUCAAACAAUUCGAAGAGGCCUGUCGCACCCAAAAUGGCGCUCACCUACGAACCGAUGUGGUUCAGAAACGACAAGAAAAAAUUGAAUUUCUCGGCAAAGUCAUGUACGAGUACAUUCAGCGGGUCAUGUUUCAUGGCCAGCGGAUCGAUGAUGAUAUUGUGCGUCAGAAGGCCUUACAGAUCAAAGAGUGCAUAGCCAUUGAGAAUUUCCAACCCAAUGGCACAUGGCUGGAAGAUUUCAAAAUGACCUAUGGCAUACCGGCCUUCGAUAGGGAGACAUUGCGCAACAACAUUCCAAUAACCGGUGUUAAACGUCCUCACUUGAAUGCCAUCGAUAUGAUCCAGUAUGUCAGUCGUUUGGAACAGGAGCAAAGGCUGAAUACGAAAAAGAGAAAAUUACCCAUGUAUGGCAGCAACAACAGCCCCUCGAAUAUGUUGGAACCCACAAUUGUUUAUGAGGCCAUCGACGAUGGCUGUAGUGAUGAUAACAACGAUGGCGGCGACGAUGUUCAAGAAGUGCAAGUUAUAGCGGGCCAAGAACAAUAUCAACUUGAAAUACCCAAAAAUUCGAAUCCAGCAAAACGGCCACGGCCCUCAUCAAAUGUCAACAAUACCAACAAUUCAGAUGAACCGUUUCCUGACAUUGUAUCGGUGGGGGUAGCUUUGAAGCACUUAAAAGCCCUCGAGGAGUAUGCCAUGUUAAAUGAUAACUUCCGGGCAAUUGGCUUGCUAACGCAAUUGGAAGAGAUUUUCAAGAAACAGGGGAAAAGUUGA